CUGUCAGAGGACUGCUGUGAAGCUCUGGCCUCAGCUCUCAGCUCCAACUCCUCUAGUCUGAGAGAGCUGGACCUGUGUUCCAAUCAUCUGCAGGAUUCAGGAGUGAAGCUGCUCUCUGCUGGACUGGGGAGUCCACACUGUACACUGGAAACUCUCAGGUUGUCUGGCUGCCUGGUCACACAGGAAGGCUGUGCUUCUCUGGCCUCCGCUCUGAGCUCCAACCCCUCCCAUCUGAGAGAGCUUGACCUGAGCUACAAUCACCCAGGAGACUCAGGAGCUGCGCUGCUCUCUGCUGGACUGGAGGAUCCACGCUGGAGACUGGACACUCUCAGUGUGGAGCACGGUGGAGUGUGGAGGCUGAAACCAGCUCUAGAGAAGUAUGCCUGUGAACUCACACUGGACCCAAACACAGCCUUCAGACGACUCUCUCUGUCUGAGGACAGCAGGAAGGUGACGCGGGUUGAAGAGGACCAGUCGUAUCCGGAUCACCCAGAGAGGUUUGACCCCUGGGACCAGGUGUUGUGUAGAGAGGGUCUGACUGGCCGCUGCUACUGGGAGGUAGAGUGGGGAGGACGGGUUAAUAUAGGAGUGGCAUACAGAGGAAUGACAAGGAGAGGAGGGGGUAGUGACGCCGUGCUUGGAUGGAGCAACAAGUCCUGGAGUCUUGAUUGUUAUGACGACGGUGCUGCUGCUCCCUACACUGCCUCUCACAACAGUAGUAGAACAGUCCUACGUCUCACACCCCCCCCUCACUCUAACAGAGUAGGAGUGUAUCUGGACCGGCCCGCUGGCUCUCUGUCCUUCUACAGAGUGUCCCCAGGUGGAGGGGGGUCCUCAGACACACUGACACUCCUCCACACCUUCCAGGCCUCCUUCACCCAGGAGGUCCUCCUCCCUGGGUUUGGGUUAGUUAACAGUGGUUCCUCAGCGUCUCUGUGAGUGUCCAUUGUAGACACACAAACACACACAUGUAGACAGUCAUAAACACACCCAAACCAACAAACACAUAUGUACAUAGAAAUUAACACACACACACACACACACAAACAAACACAUCGUUCAUGACUCUAUAAACACACACAAGCACACACAAACAAACACAUCGCACUCUAUAAAUACACACACACACACACACGUACACAGGCUUAUUCACACACACACACACACACACCCACAGCAGGUCAGUGUGCCGGUGGUAAGCAGCAGGUAACAUCAGUGUCUCUCGUGGUUCAUCUCUCAGCCCUCUCUGUGUUCAGCUGGGCUGCUGAGCGUCAGAUUAGAGGGGGCCGCUUGGGUCUGGGGGGUCCUCACAGUCCUGACGUUGUUGAGGACCAGCUGUUAGGGGGACGUUUGAAUACCUGUGGACCCAUGGACGUACCUGUAGUGCAUCGGGUUGUUGAGCAGCAGCUGUUGGUGCUCUGAGGGGUCAACCCGUUCAGUGGAAGUACAACACUUUGGGAUUGAUUUAAAUGCUCCUCUGAACUCCAAAUGCUGCAUUUUAUUGGGCUUCUGGAAGGUUCAGCAUAAACCAUGAAAGGAAGAUCUUCCUUUGGGUUAAGCAGGUUGUACAAAGAUUUACUUUCUAAGGUAAAAUGUGUUUUAAAUGUUUAUUGAGUGUUAUUUUACUACAAUAUUUUAUAUAUUUUCAACAUCGUUUUGAAGGAAUCCAAAAUCAGUUUAUAUUUUGCCAUGCCUGACAUGGAACGUGAUUUAAAGCAGAUUUAACAACAUAAUCAUGAAUGAUGAUAAGAGUUCUAUGUCAAAGGGUAACAAUGUUGUAAAUUACUUUCAACGGAUGAUCGUUUCUUUGUGUUCUUUUGGGAACAAGUCAACAUGUUCAGUCAUUAAAGAUGCCUUAUGAUUUGUAAUUGUUCAUAAAUCAUAAUGUUAAUAAACUACUCAGUGCGUCAAAUGAA